AUGGAUAUGCACUUUGACGAAUCGUGGUGUCCAGUCUGCGACAGGCAGAUCAUGCCUAAGCGAUACACAGUACCCGUACUCCCGCAACCUCAAGAAACAACAACUCCUGCCCCAACGUCGUCCCCAACAUCGUCAUCUCCGUCUAAAAAUCAACAGAGUGACUCUACCGCGCGCACUUCCCGAACAAAAACGGGUGCCAUUCGCGCGAAGAGUGGUCUUUUACAAGGCACUGGCCGUGUCAAGCCUAAUGGCGCAAUCAAGCGAUCAGAUUCCAUGGCAGCAAAUAAGGGUCGUGCUUCCUCACCUCAGUCCCAGCAAAUCGCAAAACCCCCCGCACCUGUCAAGCACCGUACCGUCAUCGACCAGGGUCCUAUCCCUCUUUACUGUUCUGAUGAAUGUCGUGUUAAAGACUUGGCAAGACGCGAUGGCGCUUACCCCCUCAAUUACCACCCUGAUCGUUCAUCGCCACUCCUUCCCCCUGUUCCUCAUAAUUCCUUUGAGAGGCGAUAUUGUGACUCAGAGGAUGAAUCAUCAACCAGCGCUUCUGCGUCAUCCCUCGACUCAGGGUUUUCAUGUCCCUCACCAUCCGUCACUGUUUCUCGUAGUAUGGCUACCCUUGCCGCCCUCUAUAACUUCCCUCCCUUGCCUCCUGCACCACCCAUUUUGUCAUCGGUCGAUAGCACGUCCUCAUCUCAGCCCGAGUAUCACAAUGAUUACCAGGGUGGGACGAUGAUGGCAGGCAAGCGCAUCAAGGAGGUGUUAUGUCCGGCACGUCCCAAGCCUACUUCGUUUUACGGUGAACCAUCACAGCCACGGAAACCAGUCCCUGGUUGGACCGAUGGCGGCAUCGGAUGGCGUCAAUCAGUGUAUGGCGGGUACUCCAAACGCUCGGACAAUGCCAGCGUUGGCUCCGACAAAGCCCAGACUUCAUUUGCAGCAUCCUCGCACCGCGGUGUUCAAUGGACUGCGACCCUUCCCCAUUCAAACUCAUCUAGUGCUCUUGCCACUCAGUGUCCCACUCCCAACUUGCCUCCUCGUUCGAGUCAGUCGUACAGUGAUGAAUUGUACACCAAAUAUUCCCUACCUCUUUCCCGCCGAUCAGAGUCCCGUAUGAUACUUUUCCCUCCGGCGUCUUGCUCAACACAAACACCUCCGUUGUCUCCCACUUCCACAUCUUCGUCCUCUAGACGUCGUCGCGAAGUUCCUCUGCUCAAGCGAGGCGCCGAGGGCCGUUUGCUCGUUCCUGAUGUUGUGCUCACACGCAAUAACUCGAGCAUGGGUUCGUUAUCGCAGCGUCUCUCCAAGCCUCUGAGCCGGCACCCGAGCGAAGCUAGUGAAGACAGUAUUUUGAGUGACAGCGCGUCUGAAUCGCUUGGUCCCUCGUCCCGGCCUGCCCCACAGACUCGUGCAUGGUCGUAUGACAACAUGAAGACAUACCCUGUUAUGAUGCCUCCUGCAAAGAAGGAGAGACGCAUCGAGCAUCGCAUGGUUGAUGGGGUCAUCAAGGAGGUUGAAGUCGAAGUCGAAAUAGUCCAACCCUUGAAGCGCCUCUUCCUGUUCCCUGGCAAGGAAACUACUCCUGGACGGUCGUGA